UGACACAUAUUUUGGUUUUCAGGAAAAGGAUCAUCUAAAGAUGGCUGUUGCAAAGAUUCACGCGGAACGUCCAAAUAUUUUACUAGUCGAAAAAUCAGUUUCUAGAUUUGCGCAAGAGUAUCUUCUAGCCAAAGACAUAUCUCUUGUUCUAAAUAUCAAAAGGCCACUUUUAGAACGCAUUGCUCGAUGCACUGGUGCUCAAAUAAUACCUUCAGUAGACCACCUCUCCUCUCAAAAGCUGGGUAACUGUGAGAAUUUUCGGGUUGAUAGGUUUCUUGAAGAACAUGGUUCAACUGGUCAAGUUGGAAAGAAAGUGGUGAAGACAUUGAUGUAUUUUGAGAAUUGUCCAAAGCCAUUAGGCUUUACAAUAUUACUUAUGGGUGCAAAUGAAGAUGAGUUGAAAAAAGUGAAGCACGUGGUCCAGUAUGGAGUUUUUGCAGCUUAUCAUUUGGCACUCGAGACAUCAUUUCUUGCUGAUGAGGGAGCCUCACCAGAACUUCCGUUGAAUUCCCCGAUUACGGUUGCACUUCCAGAUAAAUCUAUGAGCAUUGAACGUUCAAUAUCUACUGUGCCAGGUUUCACGGUCUCAACAUAUGAAAAAUCUCCGACAAUGCUAUCUUGUGCUGAACCACAACGAGCAAACAGUGUCCCAGUAUCAGAGUUGCUUUCGACCACCGCCAAUCUAUCCAUCCAGAAGGAUAUAGAUCCUAUGAUACCCAAUGGUUCAGGCUGGCAGACUAGAGAAACAAACCCGAGUUUCGUCUUUUCACAGGUUAAUCUGAAUCCUGAUGGUGAUUCUACUGGUGACACUGGCUUCUUACAUAGUGUUCAGAAGGAAGCGGAUACAAAUCCAGAUCUGAAUCAGGAAAAGGAUGACGGGGGAGAAGUGUCUCCAAGCAAGACCUUACCAGAUACAUCUUAUCCUCUGGAAAAUAAACUUGAUGUUCGCAGAACACAGUCUGAUGGCCAGAUAGUUAUGAAAAAUCUAUCAGCCACUCUCGAUGCAGCAUGGAUAGGCGAACGUCAAACAUCUGUGGAGAUUCCAGUCAACAAUAAGGUCUUGCUUCCUCCUUCCUCCAUGUCAAAUUACACAACUUUCCCUCCAAUCUCAGAGGGGCUAAAGCCUAUAGAUCUCCCCGAACAGCAAAAUGAAUUCAAGGUGGCUUAUCCAGUUUCCCCUGCAAUGCUGA